GGGAUUUUUGGGUGGGAAUAUAUCGUUUAUUCUCAAUUCCAAACUUGGGAUGGCAUAUCAGUUAAAUUUUCUCUAACAGCACUGCUGCACUAGUUUCCUCAAGUAAACACACCACGGUCUUACUGAAAGUGAAACGCUGAUCAGAAGCCAACUUCUAACACCCAGUUCAAUUUCCUCAAUUCUCGAGAACGUUGUACCAAUUCCAUUUUGUAAUCGCGGCUACGUCCUCUUCGUAUCAGAAAAACGCCAGUCAUUCACCACCAUGGCCGUAACAGACUUUUUCGUGGGCGAGAUCGCAACCGAACUCAUAAAGCAGCUAAUAACAAUAUCUCGAAGGGCCUCUCUCUGUAAAUCCAGUGCGGACCAGCUCAGAGAAACCAUGGAAGCACUCCUCCCUACUAUCCAAGAAAUCAAAUACUCUGGCGUUGAACUUCCCGCUGUACGCCAGACACAGCUCGACCGCCUCUCCGAGACUCUCCGUGAUGGACAGGAGCUCUGUGAAAAGGUUAUCAGAGCAAAACGUUGGAACGUGUACAAGAACAUGCAACUGGCAAGGAAGAUGGAUAAAUUGGAGAAGAAAAUUUCUGUAUUCUUCAGCGGUCCCAUGCAAGCACAUAUCUUGGCUGAUGUUCAUCACGUCAGGUUUCAAUCGACGGAGAGGUUUGAUCAGCUGGAGGCUUCGACGAGAAGGAUUGAGAAGAGUCUUGAGUCCUUCUCGUCGAUGAAGAUUGGUGUGGGAGUCGGAGGGUGGGCUGAGCAGGCCUUGAUGAGAGUGGAAACGGAGGCUGAGAGAGGCGUGGAGGGUAAUUUGGGAAAUUUUAUGGGAGUAGGAAUGGCUUUAGGGAAAAAGAAAGUGAAGGAAAUGAUUAUUGGAAGGGAUGAUUGGAGCGUGGUUGGGAUUUGCGGGAUUGCUGGCUCAGGGAAGACCACUCUUGCUGCCGAGGUCUGCAGAGAUAUUCAAGUCACAGGCUACUUCAACAACAGAAUUCUGUUCCUUACGGUAUCACAAUCUCCAAAUGUGGAGCUGUUGAAGGCAACGGUUUGGUCUUUCGUAUCUGGAUGUAAUGUGGGAUCAUAUGGUGCAGUUCCACCGUGGAAUCUACAAGUUCCUUGGACAGUAGGACCUCGGAGUUUGGUGGUCUUAGAUGAUGUGUGGUCAUUAGCAGUGCUUCAACAACUUAUUUUUAGGGUUCCUGGUUGCAAAACACUUGUGGUUUCCCGAACCAAGUUUUCAACGGUUCUCAAUUCUGUUCAUGAAGUAGAGUUGUUGAGAGAAGAUGAAUCAAUAUCCUUGUUCUGCCACUCUGCUUUUGAACAGAACACCAUUCCUCCAGCUGCAAAUGAGAAUUUGGUCAAGGAGAUUGUAAACGAAUGUAGAGGGCUGCCUCUGGCUCUUAAAGUUAUUGGAGCAUCACUGAGGGAUCGGCCUGAAAAAUAUUGGGUAAGUGCCAAGCAAAGGUUAUCACGAGGACAGCCUAUUUGUGAGUCUCAUGAAACCGAAUUGCUUGUUCGGAUGGCAAUAAGCAUUGAAGACUUGUCAGAAAAGGUUAAGGAAUGCUUCCUAGAUUUGGGAUCCUUUCCUGAAGACAAAAAGAUUCCAAUGGAGGUGCUCAUCAAUAUCUGGGUUGAGAUCCAUGACAUUGAUCAGGAGGAGGCUUUUGCCAUCCUUGUGGAGCUUUGUGAUAGAAACCUUCUCACCCUAGUUAAAGAUUCAAGAGCUGGAGACAUGUAUAGUGCUUACUAUGAGAUCUACGUCACUCAACAUGAUGUUCUUAGAGAUCUUGCUCUCCAUUGGAACAAUCGUGACAAGAUAAAUGACCGCAAGCGGUUAUUUAUGCCUAGAAGAGACGAGGAGCUUCCAAAAGAAUGGGAGCGGAAUGUUGAUCAGCCAUUCAAUGCUCAGAUUGUUUCCAUUCAUACAGGGGAAAUGAAAGAAAUGGAUUGGUUUCGCAUGGAAUUCCCCAAGGCAGAAGUGCUACUCCUCAACUUCUCUUCUAAGGAGUACUUGUUGCCUCCCUUCAUCAAGGGCAUGGAAAAGCUUAGGGCGCUCAUAGUGAUAAACCAUAGUUCCUGCCCUGCUACCCUUCGCAACUUUUCAGUUUGUUCAGAUUUAGGUAACCUUAGAAGCCUCUGGCUUGAAAGAGUUUCAAUUGCUCAAUUACCAGAGGCAACUAUUUCCCUUAGAAAUUUGCGGAAAAUAUCUUUAGUUCUCUGCAAAACUAUUGGCUGUCUUGAUCAGCCAACGAUAGACCUGCCCAAGAUGUUCCCUCGCCUCUUGGAGCUUACAAUUGAUCACUGUGAUGAUCUAAUGAAGCUGCCUCCAAGCGUUUGUCAGUUGCAGUCACUCAGGAGUCUAAGUAUCACUAACUGCCACGGUUUACAAGAAUUGCCAGCUGACAUUGGCAAGUUGAAAUCUCUAGAAAUUAUGCGGCUCUAUGCAAGCCCUCUUCUUAAGACUCUCCCAACUGGCAUUUCUGAGCUGGUUAGUUUGAAAUACCUCAACAUUUCUCAAUGUGUCAGCUUAACAUGUCUUCCUCAAGGGAUUGGUAAUUUAGCAAGGCUGGAGAAAAUUGACAUGAGGGAGUGUUCACAAAUAUGGAGUCUACCAAAGUCUGCUGCUUCAUUGAAGGCUCUACGUCAAGUAAUUUGUGAUGAUGAUAUUUCUUGGCUGUGGAAGGAUUUGGAGAAGGCUAUACCAGGACUCCAUGUUCAGGUUCCGGAGAAAUUUUUUAGUCUGGAUUGGCUUCAUGAAUAAACAGAUUGUAUUACUCUGUCAAUGUAAAUAACUUAACAAUAGUCAGUUUUAACAAUGAAAUGAAGCACAUCUUAGUUGAACUCGUAACUAGAAAUUUAUUUUAAAAAAUAUAUAUGUGUGGGACAGCUCCAUGUUAUGAGCUUGAGUGAGAUACUGUGGAAAAUUUGCAUUGCAGCUAAACGUGUCUAACUUAAGCAAAUAAGGUGUAGUGUAUAGGUGGAGAACGGGGUUUGAUUAUAAUUUCUUGACUGCCUCAAAAGUCCUCCCUUAAGAAACGCGGGAACAAAAGCGUGUGGACCCUCUCAUAUCAAUUUCAGACAACGCCGGCCUUUGUCG